AUGUCGCUGCGCAACCCGAACGGCGGGCCAAGGCCGAUGAACGCGCCGCCAGCAGACGCCUUCUCGUACCGGCCUCUCCAGCAGCAGCAGCAGCCGCAGCAGCAGGGCCAGGCCGGGCAGGGCGCCGGUCAGCCUCCCGCCCUCGGCCAGCAACAGCCGCAGCAGCCGCAACCAGCGCACCAGCACGCCCAGCAGCAGCCCACCGGCUUCACCAAGCCUGCGCCCCUCUCGCUCGAGCAGAGCAAGGCCGUCGCGCGCACCCACUACUCGGCCCUCAAGGGCUGGCUCACCAACGAGGGCGCCCUCUCGUCCGGCUCGACCAGGACCAACGCCCGCGACAAGCUCACGCGCCUCACGCGCCAGCAGUUCCAGGAGCUGACGACCGACGUCUACGACGAGCUCAUGCGCCGCAUCGACGACUCGGCCACCCCGACAGCAGGACAACAACCCUUCCUCGCGGUCCGUCCCGACUUUCACCCGAAGCGCAACCAGGCGCGCCAGAAGCUCGCGACGCUCCCGCUCUCGCGCUUCCGCGACCUCGCGAGCGACAUCUACUUCGAGCUCGACCGGCGGUACCCCGAGUUUGGCGAGGAGGACGACAACGCCGGUGGACAAGCCUACAGCACACCCCAGACGCACUUUUCGCCGCACUCGCGCACGGGCUCGCACGCCUCGUCGCAGCAAGCCGCUCCGGCGCUCACCUCGCCUCCUCCGCCGACCAACCUGAACGCGCGCCGCGCACCGACGCCGACCUCGGCGACGUCCCAGUCGUCGGCCCUCCCCGUCGGCAACGACGUCGUCGUGCCCAACAAGAGCACGAUGCUCGUCGAGGACGAGCCGAUGUGCUCCCCCUCCGCGAGCGGGCCCGGCGCCGGCGCCCAGUCGCUCACGUCGCCCACCUCGGCCACGUCGCCGCCCGUCCCGAGCCCGACUGGCUCGCUCCACGCGCCGCGCAGCCCCUCGCCCGGCGCGGCGGCCCAAGCGCGCCCGAACGGCGGCGCCGCGUACGGGUUCGGCGCGUCGCACUCGUCGUCGUCGCUGCCGCGCCCGGCGCCGCCCGUCCCGACCGUGCGCGAGGAGGACGAGCGCGACGAGGCGUACGGCGAGCGGAGCGAGGCGCUCGCGAGCCCGCCGGCGGCGCGCGCGCAGUACGGCCAGGGCUCGAGCGCCGGCGCGGGCUCGGGGCAGGGGCUCGGGCAGCAGGGGCAGGGGGCAGGGCUCGCGCUCGGCAACAGCACGAACAGCCGGGCGAGCGAGGUGAGCAGUAACGGGACGAGCAGUCGGUUCUUCGGCGGGUACGCGGGCAGUAACGCGCCGAGCGAGGUUGGCGGCGUGGGCAACGGCGGCAGGAGAUCGUGGGAGAACGAGGCGGCGGCCGACAAGGUCCGCGCCGAGUACGAGUACAAGCUCGCUCGGCUGCAGAACCGGGUCGUCGAUCUCGAGCGUGACGGCGCGUCGGCGGCGUCGGCGCAGGCGACGAGCGGCGAGGGCGAGAGGCGGGUGCGGGAGCAGCUCGAGGACGAGCGGAGGAGGUGGGAGCAGCGGUUCGAGGAGCAGCAGGCGCAGCUACGGUCGCUGCAGCGCGACCACGACUCGCUGCAGGCUCGCGGCCCGUCGCCGUCGUCGUCGUCGACCCGCUCUGCCGGCACGAGCGGGCUCGACGCCCAAGUGCGCGCCCGCCUGCACGAGGCCGAGGAGCUCGCGGCCGAGAUGCGCGGCGAGGUGUCGAGCCUCGUCGACGAGGUGCGGCACGCGAGCGAGCGGGCCGACGAGCUCCAGCGCGAGGUCGAGCGCGAGCGGGAGGCGAGGGAGCGGGCCGAGAAGGAGGCGCAAGAGUGGAAGGAGCGGUGGCAGGCGGCCAAGCUCGAGCUGCGGAACGUCAAGGCGACCUCAAUGCUCUUCACGUCGUCGAUCAGCGUCGACGCCGACUGGCUGCCCGCCUCGUCCGACGGCCUCAUCAACGACACGUCGAUCGCCGCCUUCCAGACCUCGAUCGACGACCUCCUCCAGGCCGCCCGCUCGAAAGAGCCGUCGUCCGUCCUCCCGACCGCUCGAGCCGUCGUCCAGGCGUGCCAGAAGGUCGACAACGACGUGCAGGCCAUUCCUCCUUCUCGCCUCGCGUCGCUCCCGCUCUCGGAGCAGGACCUCGUCAACUCGCUCAAGGUCAAGGUCAACGCGACGCUCUCGAACCUCCUGACGGCGUGCAAGAACCACGCGACGGGCUACGGCGUCUCGCCCGUCUCGCUCCUCGACGCCGCCGCGUCCCACCUCGCCGCAACCGUCGUCGAGCUCGUGCGCAUCCUCAAGAUCCGGCGCACGACGGGCCCGUCGUCUUCCUCGGCCGGCCGAGGCGGCGCACUCGACCCGUCGUCGGCGUUCGGCAUGCGCGCCGCCGCCGCGCGCGAGCCCAUGCCCCCUCUGCGGGAGGACGUCGGCGCCGGCUCGCGCCUGUCGCAGGGCGGUCUCGACGACGCGCACUCGUCGCUCCAGGGCCUGUCGAUCUCGGUCCCGUCCGUCGAGACGACGCCGACGCCGACCUCGCCCGCACCGCCUCCUCCGCCCGCCAAGGAGCAGCCGUCCGCCCAGCAGCAGCAGCAGUCGCGCAGCCGCAUCUCGGGCGGCGUGUCGUCCAUCUUCGGCAGCGGCGGCAGCGUCAAGAGCGCACUCGGCGCCAUCGGCUUCGGCUCGGACCGCGGCACCAAGCGCAACAGCGGCGGCUCGGUCCGCUCGCGCUCGGACGCCGACACGCUCGCGGGCGCGAGUGCAGGUGCGCGCUCGAGCGUCGCCGAGUCGUUCUCGCAGCCGCACGGCGUGCAGCAGCAGCCGUACGGCGGCGAGGCGCACGGACCUCCUCGGCCCGGCGUCAACGGCGCCGGCGCCGCCAGCUCGCGCGACUCGUACGGCGGCCGGCCGUCGCUCGACAGCGACGGCUCGGGCUACGGCGCACGAGGGCAGCAGCAGCAGCAGGCCUACGGCGGCGCGUACGAGGGCGAGCAGCAGUACGGCGGGCCGCGCGACGAGCCGCAGCAGUACGGCCACAGCGAGUACCCGGCGCAGGGCUCGUCGCAGCCGUACGGCGCAUACGGCGACGAGCAGCGACGAGACGGGUACGGCGAUCGCGCGUACGACGACGGCGCCGAGGUCGAGAUGCAGCAGGGGCAGGAGCGAGACCCGCAGGAACUGAGGGCCUACAUCGAGAACCAGACCGAGGCCAUCGUUCACUCGAUCCAGUCGCUCCUGUCGGCCAUCCGCUCGGGCGCCCAGUCGUCCGAGCUGCAGGAGAACCUCACCCAGAUCAUCACCAUCGUCUCGUCGAUCGUCGCCAUCUCGCAAGAAGCGCUUCCUCGGACCCUCACGCCCGCCGAGGAGGACGAGGGCUCGGCCAUCCUCCAGGACCUCACGACGCACUGCGACCAGUUGAGCGAGAUGCAGAGCGCCGACCACGCCGCACCGGGCGCCUUCAACAAGCAGACCAAGCAGGCCAUGGCGGCAGCGUCGUUCGGCGUCGCCAAGAGCCUCAAGCAGCUGAACGCGCUGUUGAGCAGCGCGGCCGGCGACGAGCCGUGAGUUGACCGGCGCGUCAGGGCAGGAGGGCAGGAGGGCAGGAGGGCAGGAGUCUGUAGCGCGUCAAGUUAUCCUUGUCUGUACGCGUCGCUGUCGC